ACCGUCAGGGAAAAUCCGUUUUUAAUUACAAUCACCUUGGCGUAAAGUGAACCACAGACUGGCUAAACCAUUUCUAUAGAUUGUGUUUAUUUGCUUUCUGUUAUCAAGCUUUAUUUUUAUCCGAUAAAAAAGGAAGCAUGUCACCUGGACCAAAAUUACAACACCCGGCGCCUACCUUUUCCGGUGUCGCUGUGAUUGGCGAAAGCUUUGUAGAAAUAGACCUUAAGAAUUAUCUAGGACAAUACGUUGUUUUGUUCUUUUAUCCGUUAGAUUUUACCUUUGUUUGUCCAACGGAAAUUGUGGGAUUCUCGGAUCGUCUAGAUGAAUUUAAAAAGAUCAACACCGCUGUGAUUGCUGUCUCUACUGACAGCCAGUACUGUCAUCUAGCAUGGAAGAAUCUGCCACGUACCGAAGGCGGAAUUGGAGAGAUAAAAAUUCCUUUGUUAUCUGAUAAGUCUAUGAAAAUCUCUCGUGACUAUGGAGUUUUGGAUGAAGCUACCGGUAUACCGUUUCGUGGACUUUUCAUUAUUGAUGCGAAGGGAAUUCUGCGUCAAAUCACUAUGAAUGAUUUACCUGUGGGAAGGUCUGUAGACGAAACUUUACGUUUGGUUCAAGCAUUUCAGUAUACUGAUGAGCACGGUGAAGUUUGUCCUGCUGGUUGGUCUCCGGGACAAAAGACUAUAAUACCUAAUCCAAAGGACAGUAUGGAGUAUUUCCAAUCUAACUAAUGUUCUUAUAAUUUCUUUUCUUAUAGCUUAUUUUCCUAGAAGUAUUAUGUUUACUUGAACAGUAUUACUUAUUAUUAGUUUAAAAUCCUGUAUGUUGUCAGUAUUAUUGUAGCGUAAAAAACUAUUUUGUUCUGUGCCAAAUACAUCUUAUAAAAAUGA